AUGUCUCUGAACCCGCCCUCGGCCGCCUCGUCCUCGAAAGCCUCCGCGCCCGCUGCGCCACAGUCGCCUGCCCAGAGCCAGGCGGGCUCUGCGACCGUCAACUUCUUCGGCCAGCAGCGGGGCAGUCUUCCGUUCAAGAACUCGCCGACGCCGAGGAACAACCAGCCGGCGAAGAAGCAGAACAAGGGCUCCAAGAAGUUCCGGCAGUCAGAUGAGGAUACCAUUGCCGAGUCGCUCGCCAUGCGUCCGUACGGCAACCGGAAGGGGCAGACGUCCAUAACCCAUCUUAUGAACUUCAACCUCCCGCCUCGUCCCCAGAAUCACCACCACUACGAUCGUCACGGGCAUGGAAGGAGCAACAGACGCACUCCUGCCUGGGGCGUUGGCUCCGGCUACCAUGCUUCUGACAAAUCGAGAUACGUGCACGCGAACUACCGCUUCAUUGUCGAUCCGCGUGGUGACUAUCGCGCUCAGGGCGUCGACGCCGACGUCCAUCUGGACUGGAACAGCGUCCUUCAGAUCUUGGCUUCGUCCGUCUCCCAAGACGCGUCAUGUCCCAUUUGUCUCGGAACUCCGGUAGCUCCGAGGAUGGCCAGAUGCGGUCACAUCUUCUGUCUGCCUUGCCUCAUCCGCUACAUGCACUCUGAAGACGAGGGGCAACAGCCUGUGAAGAGGGCCCGCUCGAAGAAGUGUCCGCUGUGCUUCGAUACCAUCUACGCGACCGAGACGAGACCCGUGCGUUGGUACGUUGGACAAGAGGGAGAGCCGCCGCGGGAGGGCGGCGAUGUCGUGCUUCGCCUGGUAAUGCGCACGGCUGGAAGUACGCUGGCCAUGCCCCGCGAUGGUGCAGAGGUCCUGGGCAAAGACGAAGACAUUCCCUGGUACUUUGCUGCAGAGGUCAUGGACUAUGCGCGCGUUCUACGUGGUGGGGAGGACUACAUGCUAGAACAGUUCGAGAAGGAGACGGUCGAGUUGCGCCAGCAAGCACAAGAGGACGAGGUCAUGUUUGGUGAAGACAACAUCCAGUGGGCGAAGAGGGCGAUUCGCAGCAUCGAAGAGUCGAAAGAGAAGAUCAGGGGCAUUGGGAACCCGCCAGACUCUGCUCUAAAGCCAGCAGAGCCAAAGCCGAAGCGAGCACCCAUCGUCUUCCGCGAGGAUGCGCCGGAAUUCUUCCCGUCCGGUCAGGAUGGAGAAGCCGUGACAACCCCCAGCGAAUCAAGUCACCAACGCAAGAUGUCCAUGUCCUCGCAGACCUCACGCUCAAGCGUGCCGGCGACGCUCGCCGAGAUUCGCAAUCGCCAGCAUCAUGACCAGAGCCGCACGCCGUCUGAGUACUUUUUUUACCAGGCGCUGAUGCACUACUACCUAUCGCCGCUCGACAUUCGCAUCCUCAAAGCUGCCUUUGAGAACUUUGCGGCGUUCCCUGCCACUAUCCUUCCGCGUGUCGAGCGCGUUUCUACCGGGCACGUUGUAGACGACGAGCUCAGAAAACGCACAAAGUACCUUGCGCAUCUACCAUACGGCUGCGAGGUCGCCUUUCUGGAAUGCGACUGGACGGAUACCGUUGCGCCUGAGGUUUUGGAACGAUUCCAGUCUGACAUCGAGAGGAGAAGGAAGAAGCACCAGGACAAGGAGGGCCGCGAAGAAAAGGCGAGGCUACGCGCAGAGAAAGCAGAGUAUGCCGAGUUCAACUCGGCUAGGAGAAAACGACCCAGCAUCUCUGAGCGAUUCUCGGCAGCCGACUUCCUGCCGUUGGCGUCCGCCAGCAAUCCGGACGGCCAGACAAUCACAGACGGCGAAGAUGCAUCGACAUCACCACCCUGGCCAGCCCGACGCGGCGAAGGAUUCGCUUCCUUGGCUUCACCGUCUACGAGCCCUUCUGCUCCACGCACCGUCUGGGGCACUACGGCUAUUGCAGGUGCAUCGCCAGUGCUGGCGCCGUUGGAUCACGAUGUGGACGAUGGCUGGCUGCAGGACUGGGAGAAGGAACUGAUGCAAGAGGAGGAGAUGAUAGCACAGGCGCAAGCCAUGUCGCUGGACGAGGAGGCAAAGUCGACCGCAGCAGCAGCGAACAAGCCCGCAGGUGGAAAGGGCAAGAAAAAGAAGAAAAUCACACUCAUGGCCACAAACGUGCGAAGAGGAGCGUAA